ACAAAACACAAACAGACACAACAAGUAGCCUCGCUCAUGCCAUCGCUGGCUGCUGCCACCACCAACUUACACUCACGCUAGCUGGCCAUCCGUCGUGUAGCUAUGCUGUUGAAAUCAUGUUGCAUUUACAGCAUCGGGGUAUUUUCUAUACUGAUUUUAAUCGCGGGCAUUUCUCUGGUCCUGUCUAAUGUGUUUCCACUGUUGCUGCAGUCGAUGGUGAAAAAGGAAGUGGUGCUGAAGAAUGGCACAGAGGCAUUCGAGGCCUGGGAGAAUCCGCCCCCACCAGUUUACAUGCAGUUUUACUUCUUCAACCUGACCAACCCUCUGGAGGUGCUGGACGGGGACAGGCCAGCUGUAGUGGAGAUCGGACCGUACACAUACAGGGAAUACCGGCCUAUGGAGCAAGUGAACUUCCUGGAUAAUGGCACUAAAGUAGCAGCCGUCAACACUAAGACCUACAUAUUCCAGCCGAACAUGUCUCGAGGCCCGGAGAGUGACCUCAUUAGGACAGUCAACAUCCCUGCUAUGACGGUGAUGGCGCAAUUCAGGGACCACACUCUCAUUGCCAAUCUGAUUUCAGCCUACAUGAAGUCCUCGAAUGAAGGCCUGUUCACCACACAAACAGUGGGAGAGUUGCUGUGGGGAUAUCAGGACGGCCUCCUCAGAACCCUUAAAGUCUUUAAACCUGAUCUGGAUGAUGUCUUUGGACUCUUCUACAAGAACAACGCCACCAAUGAUGGAAACUAUGUGUUUUUCACCGGCCAGCAAAACUACAAAGAUUUUGCUCGAGUGGAUACAUGGAAUGGUGAAAGCUCAUUGAAGUGGUGGACGACUGAUGAGUGCAAUAUGAUCAAUGGAACCAACGGAGCGUCUUUCCAUCCAAUCAUUAACAAGAAUGAGACACUCUACAUGUUCUCCUCUGAUCUGUGCAGGUCGCUGUAUGCAUUGUAUGAGAAGGACGUGAGAGUGAAGGGGGUCCCUGGCUACCGCUUCAUUCCCCCCAGCAAGGUGUUUGCAAAUCUGACCGUGAACCCAGACAAUGCAGGCUUCUGUGUCCCUGCUGGAAACUGCCUGGGGUCUGGCGUGCUCAAUGUCAGCGCAUGUAAACAAGGUGCUCCCAUCAUUAUGUCUUCACCACAUUUCUAUCAGGCAGAUGAGAAGUUUGUUGUGGAUGUGUUUGGCAUGAAGCCUAACAAAGAGCACCACCAGACAACCAUUGACAUCAACCCGCUUACAGGAAUUAUCCUGCAAGCAGCCAAGAGACUCCAGGUCAACGUCUAUGUAGAAAAAAUCUCCACCUUCAGCCAAACAGGAAAUGUGAGGACUGUGGUGUUCCCUGUGGUUUAUCUCAACGAGAGCGUCGUCAUUGAUGAUGAGUCAGCCAAGAAGCUGCAUGUGGUUGUAGCUGAGGGGAACAUAGUGGUGAACGUUCCCUUCAUGCUGAUUGGGCUCGGCAUCAUUCUGGGAGCAGUCUUUAUGGUUCUGAUGUGUCGACAGAAGCACCCUGAGGGCACCGCUGCUGAACGACAGCCCCUGCUCGGGUCGUAGCACCAAACACGAUGUGAUACUCUGGAGGACGAGGGUUGCCAUGUAUGCAGCAUAAUUCAUCGUGUCAACGGCUCAGUGAAUCAGCAACUCUUAAUCCAAGAAAAUGGUUCCCUUCAUAACUCGAAUUCACCCUUUAAUCUGUUUUUUAAUCCACUGUUUUAGGAAACAAUGUGCAAAGGACUGUCACCUUGUUUGGUACAAGGCUGAUGUUAAUGCAAGUCAGUUGUAAGGAUGUCGAUUUUUUUUUUCUUAACAACUGCCAGAUUUGAGUUAAAGCUGAAACUGUUCCCACUAGGAUUUUAUCAGAAAAUCUAAAUCAAAAACUAAUCAUACCUUUGGGAAUCAGUGAUAAAAUAUUUGUCAUUAUUUGACUAUUGCGCACAUUUUCAUUUGACUUAAAAGGAGUGUGUGUGUGUGUGUGUGUGUGUGUGUGUGUGUGUGUGCGAGAGAGAGAGAGAGAGAGAGAGAGAGAGAGAGAGAGAGUGUGAGAAUGUGUGUAGACAUGAAACUGGACGUUAAGCCAUAUCACUGAUUGUCUCCACCAAGAUUCCAACAAAUGAUGAAUGAAUAUCGCAAAAACAUUUUUGUAAAUUUUUAUGCAUGAGAUGUAAGCCAGUGCAUCAAUAAGAACAAACCCAACCAAUUCCUAGUUGAAUUAAAGCAAAAAAAUACCUUUCAUCUUUAUAAUCACAUUGUUACAUUAACUUUGCAUUUUCAUAUCCACUAGCCUGAAUAAUGAACAGUCUGAAUGAUGUGCAAUGACGAAAUCAUACUACUUUAACGUUAUUUUAUUUAAAUUACGUGUUUGUGCCACUCGGUAUUAUUUUAUUUCGCUGUAAAGGGUGUGAAACUUUUUUAAAAAAAAAAAAAUUUUUUAGAAAGUUUAGAAAAUCAGAAGUGCAUACUUUGUGUAGAUUAACAGAUUAUCAUCAAAUGGUCCAAUUCUGCCAACAUUAGCAUCUGAGCAUAAUAUUUGUUUGAAUAUAAUAGAUACAAAAAAGUUUCAGGACUGCCACUUCUCAAAUUAGUUACUGAGUGAGACUUACUUUAAAUAUUAGAAGGACAGGUGUGGUUGUGAGACAUGACUGCAGGCGGACUGUUUUCUUUCCUGUGGGAUCAUAAUGAUGUGAUCAUUAUUUCUGCUCCAUAAAUGAUUGUUUUUUUUGUUUUUUUAAGUUAAAGUUUUUAAGUUUUUAAGUUAUUUUUAUCCAUAAGAUUUUUUUUUCAUUCAUUUCAUUACCUUUUGGUGUCUUGGUCUAUAAGAAAGGAGCGUUUAGUCCUAUUUUGCACAGGCUGAGGUUCUUUUAUUUCUAGAAAUGUUUUUAGGAAAAAAAAAAUUGUAAAGGCAUUUUGGUGUUACAUUUUGGUCUGGUACGACGGCAUAUUAAGGCCAUUGUAUAGAGAAAAAAAUAUAUAAAGUCACAAAUUUGUGAGAAAAAAAACUCAGAAAAAUAUUAUAUAUAUGAUAAAAUAUUACGCCCCCUCCCCUGGCUCCAAUUUUUUUUUCCCCUUACAAUGGCUCUAAUUGGCUGUCGUAAUCUGUCACUGCGAUAUCAUGUAGAGGCAUUUUAAGGUUUUUAAGUUUGAGAAGGUCACAUUUGAUCAUUGUUGUUUGGUUUCAAUGCGGCUUUGAAUCUGUAGUGUGAUGGACCACCCACGUUUUUUAACAGUAUCCUGUUCUAGUACUUCAUGGAAACGCCACAGUCGUCAGCAGGUUACAUGAUUUCAUAGAAUAACCAAAUAGUAUUACUGUAUUUUCUCUCGUGUACUGUAUAUGAUAAUUAACUGGACAACUCAACAGAAGCAGUAUAAAGGGAAACUCAUCACUGAGUCUGAAGUAGCGGGUCCAGCCUCAAGGUGGUGUCAGCCAUUAUGACCACUGCAGUAUUAGCUUCAGUUGUGUUUCAAAAGCACAGAUUUUGCCCCAAAUUCGAUGUCUCACAAUUAAUAACAUUUUAUUUGUGCUUUUUGAAAAAUGGCUGCAAUUCUGACAUCAGAAAUUGUGAAACACUGUCAUUCCUAUUUACCACUGUCAGCGCUCCAACCCACAACUCUGUGUGUACAUUUUGCAAAACUAACACUAUUUCACCCAUUUCAUGUGAUGUACAUUUAAAAACUCCCAUUUGAGGGUUGUUUUUUUUUUUAGUACAGCAAGUGUGUCAUUGUACGGUGAUAGAGCUGGGACUUCUUACUCAACACUAGGCGCAGUGAAAUUUCAGUCUCUCCUUUUUCUUCCUUCAGUAUCCCGUCUUCCGCAGAUAUCACUAAUUUGCCAUUACAUGUUUUGUCUAUUGCUUUAUACAUAAAGAGAAUGCAUUACCACUAAAUUAAAAUCAACACUACAUGUUUAAAAACUGUUUACAAACUCUCCAAUAGGCCACAUAUAUACAAUUAAAUCUGUCGUUUUGAAUGUACUUUGCAUUCUCAUUUGUCAGUGCUUAUCAAUAAACUCGAUGUGCUUUA